UACAGCCAGGGUAAUCCAAGUCGUUUUGGAAGCGCAUAAAGACGUUAUUCAUGUGUUAUGCGCUAUACAAGAACUGACUAUUAUUAUUUUUUAUUAUUAUCUCUAGUAUUAAUUUCUUAAGUUAAGAAUAUUGACAAAAAAUAUCAACGGUUUGACCGAGUCCCAUUUCAUGUAUGAAAUAUCAUGUAAGAUUCUGCAAAGAAUUUGUUCUUGAUACAAGUUGUUCGGUACAUCCAAGCUGUUUUUAUAAGCCUAGUUUUGCAGACAUCUCUAAUUUCACAAUUCGUAUUUUCUUUGCAGUCUUCGCAACCGGAUGUGAAGUCAUCAAAAUGAUAAGCUUCUAAUUUGCAUUGGUGAUCAAUGAUAGAUCAGACUGUAAUGAACAAGAAAGUAAGACGUUGACCUAAAUGCAUGCUUGUUGAUAAUAAUAGCGGCAUAUUUACCCAGGGUAGCCACUUCAGUUCCGAAAACUGUUCUCCCAGCGGGCCCUGCUGUUAUUACCCCGGCUUUAGCACGGCUACCUUGGUCGGGCGAUCGUCAUUAGACACUACGGCCACAAUUACCAACAAUAACAUCUUCAUCGUCCGAGCCAUCACCUCACCCAGCAUCGUCAUCUCAACCACUCCGCGGCGUUAUUUUCAUUAUCCUCGCUACGGCUGGCAUAAUUUCGUACAUCUAUAGCCUCUCAAGAUUUGAGCGCAAAUCAUGAAUAUAAAAUGAGCAACGUCAUUGAUCCAUCAUCAUCAUCAUCAUCAUCGCCUUCGUCGUUGCCCUCCCCGUCAUAAGAUUCCCCUUCAUCGUUCUAAUUCAUUGCAAUCCUUGAUAUUCGUUAAUCCUCACGAUCAGCAACCGGAUCGCUUUUAAAUUCAUCGAUACUGAUCACUCUUUAAUCAAGAUUCCCUUUCAAUAUGGAUCUUUACUAUAUUGUUUCAACACUCAUGCACUCAAUCGUCAUCAUUGUCGGCAUUCCUGGAAAUCUAUUAAUGAUAACCGUAUAUUCGCGAAGAAAACGAACACCAUAUUCGAUUUUUGUCAUCGGGUUAGCGAUCAUCGAUGCGUUUCUUUGCAUUACCAUCAGCCCCGUGCGGAUUUAUCAUUACUUCACAUUUGGGCGGAGGGUGGGUGGUGCCUUUUGCGCCUUCCAUGGUUUAACAUUCUUCCUUGAGACGAAUUCGUCGAGUUUCCUAUCGGCUCUGCUCUCAUUUAACCGUUACGUGUCCGUGUGUAAACCACACCAGCGGAUCUCCAAACGGACUUCGGCUGUAUCAGCUGCCGGUGCAUUUGGAUUCUCGCUUGCGAUGAGCGCACCGGCAAUUUGGACGGUGAAACCGUUUGACAAUCCGGGCCGCGGAUCUUACUGUGCCGUCCCCUUGCAACUUAGGCAUACAAUGAGAGCUUUUUUUUAUUUUCUAUUCUCCAUCAAUGCCCUGGCUGCCGUAUUCACGUUGGUGGCAUGUGCUUUUGUCAUAAAACGAAUAAGACGACUUGGAAAAGUUGGUGGGAGAAUGCCGGUGACAAGAAAAGACGUCACCAGGAAACUGCCAAAUAUGCGUCCAGGAAGCAACACCAAGCGCCAAUGCGUGGAACUGAUUUCUAUAUCGGCAUCGGUUGCAGACCCUUCGCCAGAUAUAGGCCUAAGCCUACCAAGUACAUCACUGGCAUCAUCUGCAAACAUACCACCGGGCUCCAUUAUGAAGCCCUCGACCGUAAUACGGAGGAACAGCGAACCGUCUACCACAUUUAAAACGUCAUCCUCGCAAGAUCCGUUAUCGGCCAGGGGUCGACGACAAGAGAAACCCCGUGCCCGUAUCGGUCAUCGGGUCAAUAACAAGGCCACCCGGAUUCACCUCGCCGUGAUUGGAACCUAUCUAGUAAUGUGGCUUGCCAACAUCUAUGCCCUGAUCAUGAGCUUAAAACAGGGCUUCAGCUACCGUUCUAUCCCAUGGUUCAUCAGGUUAAUGGGCCGUGCAUGUGCACUCAACAGAAUCUGUCACUUCGUGAUCGCGUUCGCGUUCCAUAAAGACUUUAGGGAGGAGUGUCGACAAGUCAUCACCGAAAAUUGGUUAACUCGAUUCCUAAGCCGUAACAACUCCAAUCAAAUAUAGGUAUUAGUGCAGAUAGCACCCUGUCGAGUACAGAAUUUGCCUCCGCUUGGGAAACGUAUUGCCCCAAACUAGCCCAGUAGCCUAAUU